CCCCUUUCCAAGGGCAUUUUGAAUUGGCACCAAUUUCUUGAAGGCCCUAAGGGUGUUGAAAAUGCUCGGUUUGGUUCAGCGAUUGCAGCUCUUUCAGAUAUCAACAUGGAUGGUUUUAAUGAUGUAAUAGUUGGUUCACCUUUGGAAAAUCAGAACUCUGGAGCUGUGUACAUCUACAAUGGUCACGAGGGCACCAUUCGCAUGAAGUAUUCCCAGAAAAUCUUGGGAUCUGAUGGAGCCUUUAGGAGCCAUCUCCAGUACUUUGGGAGAUCUUUGGAUGGCUACAGUGAUUUAAAUGGGGAUUCCAUCACUGAUGUGUCCAUUGGUGCCUUUGGACAAGUGGUUCAGCUCUGGUCACAGAGUAUCGCUGAUGUAUCUGUGAAUGCUUCCUUCACGCCAGAAAAAAUUACUUUGUUCAACAAGAAUGCUGACAUAAAACUCAAACUCUGUUUCAGUGCAAAGUUUAGACCUACUAAGCAAAACAGUCAAGUGGCCAUUAUAUACAACAUCACAAUUGAUGCAGACCUAUAUUCAUCCAGAGUAACCUCCAGGGGGUUAUUUAAAGAAAAUAAUGAAAGAUGCCUGCAGAAGAAUAUGAUAGUGAGUCAAACACAGAGUUGCUCUGAGUACAUCAUCCACAUACAGAAGCCCUCUGAUGUUGUCAGCUCUUUGGAUCUGUGUGUCAACAUCAGUCUGGAAAACCCUGGCACCAGCCCUGCCCUCGAAGCCUACUCUGAGAAGGCCAAGGUCUUCAGUAUCCCUUUCUACAAGGAAUGUGGGGAUGAUGGAGUUUGCAUCUCUGAUCUAGUUCUAGAUGUCCAACAGCUGUCAGCUGCUCAAGAUCAACCCUUUAUUGUCAGCAACCAAAACAAAAGGUUAACAUUUUUAGUAACGCUGAAAAACAAAAGGGAAAGUGCCUACAACACUGGAAUUGUUGUUGAUUUUUCAGAAAACUUGUUUUUCGCUUCCUGGACCAUGCCGGUUGAUGGGACAGAAGUCGUAUGCCAGAUUGCUUCAUCUCAGAAAUCUGUUACCUGUGAUGUAGGCUACCCAGCUUUAAAGACAGAGCAACAGGUGACUUUCAUGAUUAACUUUGACUUCAAUCUUCAAAACCUUCAGAAUCAGGCAUCUGUCAGUUUCCAAGCCUUAAGUGAAAGCUCUGAAGAAAACAAGGCAGAUAAUUUGGUCAAUUUCAAAAUCCCUCUGCUGUAUGACGCCGAAAUUCACAUAACGAGAUCCACCAACAUAAAUUUUUAUGAAGUCUCCUCGGAUGGGAAUGUUCCUUCUGUCGUGCACAGUUUUGAAGAUAUUGGUCCAAAGUUCGUCUUCUCUGUUAAGGUAACAACAGGAAGUGUUCCAGUCAGCAUGGCAUCCGUGAUCAUCCACAUCCCUCAAUACACCAAAGAAAAGAACCCGUUGAUGUAUGUGACUGGGGUGCACACAGAUCAGGCUGGUGACAUCAGUUGUAAUGCUGAAAUAAAUCCACUGAAAAUAGGACACACAGCUUCUUCUGUAUCUUUCAAGAAUGAAAAUUUCCGGCACAUAAAAGAAUUGAACUGUAGAAGUGCUACGUGUAGCAAUGUUACCUGCUGGCUGAAAGACCUUCAGGUCAAAGGAGAGUACUUCCUUAAUGUGUCUACCAGAAUUUGGAAUGGGACUUUUGCGGCAUCAACUUUCCAGACAGUACAGCUGACCGCAUCUGCAGAAAUAAACACCUAUAACCCUCAGAUAUACGUGAUCGAAGAAAACACAGUCACGAUUCCCAUUACGAUAAUGAAACCCCAUGAGAAAGCUGAAGUACCAACUGGAGUUAUAGUAGGAAGUGUAAUUGCUGGAAUCGUUUUGCUAUUAGCUCUGGUUGCAGUUUUAUGGAAGCUUGGCUUCUUCAAAAGAAAAUAUGAAAAAAUGUCCAAAACUGCGGAUGAGAUUGACGAGACCACAGAACUCAACAGCUGAGCCCCACGGCGGUCUCACUGCAACGUGAGCUGUGGCAGCACAGCCAGGGUUUGCUGUUUGUGUGAAUGGAUUUGUUUUAAAUCCCAGUGCUUUAUGUGUAAGCGGUAAAACUCGCCUGAUACUUUACGAAAACUGCAGGUCAGUUUGGGAAGAAGAAAUUGGGUUGUUUUUUUUUUGGGGGGGGGCUAGGAGUAGAAAGGGUAAAAGACGGAUUUUAUAUGGGGGGGGUGGGGGCAGGGAGUGACCUUUACACUGGCUGGUCCAGAGUUUACAUAAUGUGCAUUGUGUCAGAAACAUGAAAUGCUUCCAAACAUGAGAAGUCUUAAAGAAAAAUAGAACCUUUCUCAGAUUUGGUGGGGGGAACCCCAACCAUUUAAAGUGAUUGUUUUUAAACAGUGACCACAAGAGUGGAAGUACUUGGCCUAGCUAUAUAAUUAGCUUGGAUACUGAGGUUGAUGGGGGGAAAAAGACAACACAGGUCUUCAACUUAUGCUGGUCAUCCAGAGCUGUCACAGAGGUUAUUUUAAGUGACCUUUUUGUUAAUGAAGGUAUAAUUUGCUGCUGUUGGCCUUCUCAGAGUCCCUUUUUUGCUAUGAUCUAUUUAUCAAAACAAUCUUGGAUACCUGGUAGGAGCCUAGAGUAUGCUUCCUACAGAGGAAACCUCCAUUUAAGGGGGUGGGGGCUGGGAGGGUAGUUUAGAAGUCAAAUGCAAAAUUUAAAAUCUGUAUCACAACAUUGAUGGUAAAAUCCUAUCUACUAGAGGCCCAGCCUGUGCCAAAAGAAGUAGGAAGUUCCCUUUCUCCUUCACCAUGCACAGCUGGCUGACUUGACUGCCUGGCAGGGACCUAGUUUCAAUUUAUGGAAAAGGAGUAAUUUCUUUGGCAUCCUUCCUCCUUCCGUACUAAACCACUCUUGCACCUACCUCCUGGUGUCCCCAUCUUCUAGAAGCCCACUAAGGCGUGCCUUCCUCUCCAGUAAUUCAGGGUUAGCCACCUCCCUUUGGCCUUCAUCCAAAUCUCCAAUUCGUUGGAGCAGCUGCUCUACACCAGGUGUGAGGAAGAAAAAUCAUCUCACUUACCUACUUGCAUGAAUAAUCCCUUUAACUCCAGGGAGCUAUUUUCCUUUAUUGCUAAACAAGUAAGAAAAAUAAGCCACGGUGAAUUUCUAAUUGUUGGAAUUUCAGGCAGUGCAAACAAAGUACAAAACAAAA